AUAUAUCCAGAUCCAGAUAAAUUUGAUCCUGAACGAUUUAACGCAGACAAAGUAGCAGAAAGGCAUCCUUAUGCUUAUUUGCCAUUCGGGGAAGGCCCACGAAGCUGCAUUGGUACGCGAUUCGGCUACAUGCAAACAAAGGUUGGACUCGUGAGUCUUCUGUCGAAAUACUGUUUCAAACUCCACUUCAAAACUCAGAUCCCACUUGUUUUGGACAAAAGAUCUCCUAUUCUUUCGGCAAAAGAUGGUGUACACUUUAUUAUCGAAUCACGACGAAAUAAAUCGCGCUCUUAUGUGAACUAAAAAUAUUAUAUUCUUGAUGAAUUCUAAAUUUAUUACAUAUGUUAUUAUGUAUUAUUAUUAAUAAUUUUUGU